CUCCAUUUCUCCAAAGCCGGCUCUUAAAAAAAAAAAAAAAAAAAAACCGCUAAAAGCUAUAUUUUUCCUUAUGUCCAGGUUUUAUCAUAUUUGCUCUUCAUAAUUUCUUGACAAAAGAGAUCAAAAUAUGGCACCUCAUGAUCAUGAUGAUGAUCAGAUCAUGCAUAAUCAGCUGGUUCCAGACGACAACAAAGAAUGGAAUAAUAUCACAACUAGAAAAAACAAAAGAAGCCUCCUCCUCCUGAAUGGCGCAUCAGACGACAACAAAAAGCUGGAGCUCAGGCUUGGUCCUCCUGGAGAUCAUCAUGAUCAUCAGUUGCAAAUCUCAGAUCAUAAUAAGAAGGCAUGUUCAGUUCCUGCUGGUACUACUGUUUCCAAGUUUGCCAGUUCCUCUGCCCCAAAUUGCUGUCAGAAAAGUACUACUUCCGGUAGAGCGCCGCCGGUGGUCGGGUGGCCUCCAAUCCGUUCCUGCAGGAAAAAUCUUGGUAGCGGCAGCUUUUUGAAGACUACAGUACCAUCAAUCACCAAUUAUGAUCAUGAUGAUGAGUCCAAAAAGGAAGUUCCUGUGCAGCAGGAUCAGGGAAAGAAAUCAGAAGUAGAUCAUAUGUUUGUAAAGAUCAACAUGGAAGGAUUCCCUAUUGGAAGAAAAGUUGAUCUCAAAGCUUAUGAUAGUUAUGAGAAACUGUCCUAUGCCAUUGAUAAACUCUUCCGAGGCCUACUUGCAGUUCAAAGCGAUUAUUCCGUCUCGGAAAGUAAUGGACAGACCGGGGAUCACACAGAAACAGUCAUUAAUGGAGAAUAUACACUGGUUUAUGAAGAUAAUGAAGGUGACAGAAUGCUUGUUGGGGAUGUCCCAUGGAAAAUGUUUGUAUCCACUGCGAAGAGGCUGCGCGUUUUGAGGAGCAUAGAGCUUUCCACUCUAAAACUUAGUAGCAGUACUCAGAUUAUCGAAAAGACACCACUUGAUUCUACAAUGGAAUUUGGCGGAUGAGACAGCAGCAACUUUUUUUUUCCCUUGAAAUUUCAAAGUCGUAUUAUAGAUUCUGUCUGUGGGCUUUCAUGUAUAAUUAUUAUCAGUUUGCAUUGUGAAUGAAAGUGAGAGUGUCCUAUGACUUAAUUAGUAUGUCGCAUCAUAAUAUAUAUAUAUAUAUAUAGAGAGAGAGAGAGAGAGAGAUGAAGGACACGUUAUAUAUGUGCACGUCUCUAGUUAGUUAUAUAGUGUGUCCUUGCAUCUAAAUGACAAUUAUAUAUCGCUAUAUAUAUAUAUAUAUGCUGCGGGUA